CUUGGGAAGCUUGGAGUAAAAACCGACGCAGAGACGGAGAACCAAUUGGUUACCAACCAAUAUAAUUUAUCGUAUACUGAACUUCGCCAAAGAGGAGUCCUUUCACAAAAAAAAAAACUUGUCAGAAUGAACAUCUCACAUUUGGUGGCAUGUGGACUUAUGAUCACCCUGCUUUCACUGAGGACAGGGGCGAAGCCUCUGACGCCAGCGCAACAGAAGGUGAGGUCACUUCAUUGAUGUGUGCGCUGUAAUUUGUGAGUGGAAUGCGAUUCUUUGGAUAACUAUUUUUUUGCAUGGUGCGCAGCUAUAGCCGAACUAAUAUUAUUCCACAUUAUGGUGCCCCAAAAUAACAUUAACAACAGAUGCAAGUAUAUAGACUACUGGGAAUGUAUCUCUUGGCAUGCAGACUAUCAAUGGUCAUGUAUCGUAUAUAGCUUAGGCUAUACUAUAGACUAUCCUGUUACCGUUUUUAAUAUUCCUAAUAUUGUUACAGUAAGCCUAUUAUUUAUGUCUAAGACCAUUGCAUUUACAUUGCACUGGUCGUAUUGAAGAUAGACGUGUGUAUCUUUCUUAACAAAUGCAUAGGCUAUUCCUGAAACGAAAGGCUUGUUUUUUUUGUUUUUAGCAAAAACUAUCAGGGCAAUAUAUGGAUAGAUACUGUGUUCUACAGCAAACCUACAGCCACUUGGGCUACUUAAUUGCGUAAGGUUGACUAUAUAUUCAUGCUGGUACCCAAGCGCGCCUUGAGAAGCGCUCGAGUGGACAUAGGAUACGAGGGCACAGUGGCCUUUGCAUGUAGUCUACCCAAAUGACCUUUUGCGCUUCCUACAUGUAACAUACAUGUUGACUUAGUAGGCUAUAUAAGGCAACCAAUCAUACAUUUCUUUGUAACGUGUAUUUUAAACCAGAAAACAUCCCUUUCCCACUCGUCGAAAAGGCGCAUCUGCCAUCAAGAGACUCAUAGCCAAAUAUUUCGAAACUGGAUGUUUUACGCACGAAUAAUCCUCACAGUGACUAAUUCAUAUAGUUUAUAAAUUGUUUUCAAAAUCUCAUCUGGUGCGUUUUUGUUGCCUGAAUAAUCUGCAUUUGAAGACUAUACCCACUGGGCAAAAACGGGUUGAAUCAACGUUGUUUCCACGUCAUUUCAACAACAACAAAAAUCAAUAUGAUGACGUUCAAUCAACGUGGAAAACUGAUUGGAUUUGCAAAAAGUCAUCAAUGUAAGGGAAUUUCGUAAUUUUUUCUAACCAACUUUAAACCUAAAUCCAAUGACAUGGUGACAUUUUUUGUUGAUUUCACGUUGAAUUCACGUCAGUUGACAACUCAACCAAAUGUAAAUUAAAAACUAGACUUUGAACUGACGUCUGUGCGAAGUGGGUCUCCUACUGCACGAGCACCUGUCUUUCCAGCUGCAUCCAAGAAACCCCGGGACUGGGAGACUCAUUUCUGACCCGUGAUAAUCGCUUUAUUCAACCAAUCAGUAGGGUGGGCUACACACCGUUUCCCAUGCGUUAAAGCGCAACUGUAGCCUAUGACCACACACAAAUUCAGGAUUUGGUUUAAAGGAUGGGCCAAUUAAUUGCAGCAUUUAACGUGAUUUCUAUUCAGUAGCUAGUAGCUACACGACGAGUUCUGACCUGUCUUUUGGUUCUUCCCGACGCGAGUCAAGUGUAGACAGCACUAACAUUAGUAAAUGUAGCCUAUAAUUGCGGAAAGGUUUGAUAUGGAACAUAAAUACAUUUAUAAGGCCAGUUGAAAACAAAAGUGUUGGAAAAAGUGCCGGAUAGUGAGUUUACUGCUUGCCAAAGUAGGCAAUUGAUGUCCCGAAUAUGCAGAUUUGUCGUUAAUCAGAAUCAUUCCCAGAUGCGCAAUCUGCUGACAGGUGCUUACCCAAGUCGUUUCCAUGGAGAAUGUAUUAUCUAAAGCGGGUGUCUCUUGUUUCUGUGUUCCAGUCUCUUAGAAGUUUGCUGGGGGAGGAACUGUCGGAGUUCAUGGCGUCGGGCGAGAGAGAGCAGAGGCUGGAAAAAGUGCGCUCCAGGGUACGCUUGCUGCGAGACCUGCGCAUGGACACUCGCGCCAAGGCCAUGUGGGCACGCCUGCUGAACGACCAGCCCAGCGCACGGAGACACAAAUCAAACACCAAGAAAGGGUCCGCGGCCCGGAGCGGUUGCUUCGGACACAAAAUGGACAGAAUAGGAACCAUUAGCGGCAUGGGCUGUUAGAGAAGGCACAUCAAGACUUGUUGGUAAGUAACCUCCCGCGCUAUCUCCCUUUCUCCAUGCGCAAUUGCGCAUCGUGUGAUUAAAUCAGGAGGAACGUACAUCCCCCAACACUUUAGGAUGGGAGACAAAAUGGCGAAUGUAAUAUAUUUAUGUUUAAAAAAAAAUACAAUUGGAAAACAACCUGACAGUUCCAUAGGCCAACUCCAAAAUCCCCAACGUAACUCCUGUGUGCAUUUCAGAUGAGUCACCCAUAGACUACAGAUUGUAAGAGUAUAGAACAGUUUGCAGUAAAUGUCCAUGUAUGCUUGUGGAGGCGAUCAGGUGGCCCCCUUGUGAGCAGGUCAGACUGGCAAAAUGUUGCAAUUUCUCAACCUGGGUGGUGCAUAGACCUUUCAGGGGGCAGGUGCUCAAAUUGAAGAAAAAAAACACAUUCAUAAUUCAUUUCUCGAAAUUCAUAAAAAUUAAAGCUAGCUAACUAGCAGAUUGACAUUCAUCCUCAACACCAAUGAUCAGCUUGAUAGCCCACCCUCUUUUCCCGAUGUCAGUCAUGCAUUUAGGAGGCACUGUAACGACCUUGCAUUUGUGACAAGUGUGUUGUUGCAGAAAUAAAUAGGCCUAUGCUCAAAAAAUGUUAAAACGUUGUGAUUUAUCUUCAAUGCUCUUAAAUUCUUAAAUAAUGACUUCAUAAUAUAGCCUAAUAUUCACAAUCUUCUAACUCACAGUGGCUUGUGUGGAUAUUUUAGUAUAUGGGGUUAGCUGGAGUCUACCUGUGAUGCUACUGCCCUGUCACACACGUUCAUCUCCCGACUGGAGAAUGGAUGGAGUUGAGUCGGAAGGUCGCAGAUGCAGCCGCUCCUCUCUAUGUCUUUCUGCCUCGCUCUGCUGCGCGUAUCAGCCAAUCAGAACCAAUAUUGAUGACGAUGUAAAUAAAAGUGUUAUCAAGUGUUAAUCAAAUGUUAUGCUGCCGUGGCAGUACUGUUGAUAUUUAAACUAGGUAGCUAGCUACACACAAUCGACCGGUGACCGCAUCUCAAGCCAUGCAUGUUUGGAUACUGGGCAUGCGAGCUCCGUAGAGGGCAGCUCGCAUGCCCAGUAUCCAAACAUGCAUGGCUUGAGAUGCGGUUACCGGUCGAUUGUGUGUAGCUAGCUACGUAGUUUAAAUAUCAACAGUACUGCCACGGCAGCAUAACGUUUGAUUAACACUUGAUAACACUUCACAACGUCACGACUAAUUGCGGUCAGUGGGUUCAGAACAACAACGACAAAAACUGUAUACAAAAAAAAAUCUUAUACCACCACCAAAAAAAGGGCACUUUUGGCAAGUGGGAGGGCAAAGGCGCUGGUGCUGGGGAACAGGUUGACCCCUAUCUGUGCACCGACACAUGGCCUGACCUCAAACUUCAGAGUAGGGGUAAAUCCUACAGGCUAAUCCUUUUGGUUGAGGCCUACUGACUACUACAACUCCAAAUGGACUUUUACAAGCGGUCCAUCUAUGUGCUAUCUGCAUGUGCAUUUCCCAUGUGGGACAGUGGGAGAGAGAAUUUCAGGUCCGAACGGUGUUUCCCUCUGAUGCUCUAACAGAACACUGUAUUGACUUUGCGUUUAGGACAAAACCCCGUAGAAUGAGAUCAGGAAUCCCCCUCUUGAAAUGUUUCAAGUCUGUGGGAAGCGAUCCAAUUGGCCUUAGGAAGUCCAUACACAUUGCAGUACAUCGUCAUAAGUAAUCAUGGCUGUUUGGCUGAAGGCCUAAUGGGGCAGGUGUGAACACAAUGAGGACAUGUAGAUGACUUCAUCACCUGGCCACAAUCCAGUCUGCUUUAUCAACAGUCCUUUGGCCUAACACUAAGAUCUACAGUAGAUCUCAGCGUUUGGGCCAAAGGUCGUUGAUGAAGCAGAACGGAUUGUGGAACAAUUAUUACGUAAUUGACCAGUCUCUAGUAGGUAGGAAGAGGAACAACUAGAGAGAGAGAGAGAGAGAGAGAGAGAGGAGAGAGAGAUAGAGAGGAGAGUAGAGAGAGAGAGAGAGAGAGACAGAUCAGAGGAAGACAUCAGAUCUAUAGCGCUCGCGCUCUCUCGAGUCAUGAGUUGCGAUAGAAAAAGAAAACAUUAAGGGCGUAGCAGAUGAGGAAUGAGAAACCUAAAAGCACGCUUGGCUUUAGUGGUUGUGUGGUAAAGUGACUGGGGGGAGGAGAGGCAGGUCUCCUCUCUAUGUAGAUGACACACUCACCACAACCUCUUCAACCUACAUCCACACCACACCACACAGCAUCCUAAGAGGUAUGUUCCAGGAAACCCUUCCUCUUUGCUCGGAUAUAAAAAAGCAAAACAUUAAAGGGGCGGUAUGCAGAAUGAGGCAAUGAGGAAACCAGGUGAAAAGCACGCUUGGCCUUUAUGUGGUUGUGUGUGGCUAACAGUGAAAUCCUGCUGGGGGGGGGGGGGCUGUUGUGGCUCCUGCGUACGCUGUGGCUAACAGACUGUCUAUACAGUACGUGACUAACUGUGUGUGCUUCUUGGGCAGACAACUCUCUUCCUCCCUUUACCAAACUUUAAAGUGAGAAGUGGGAGAUGAGAGGAGUAUUGGACGGUCAAUUCAGGAUUGUGUGAGAGGCAAGGGCUGGACUUCAUGUGGUUGGGUGGAGCAGAGGUGUGCAGUGAGACUGUUUAUUUAGAGAGUUUGUUUUAGUGAGGCUGACAGGUGAGCCGCUUUAUUUUGUGGGAACUUGUCCAUAUCCAUAUCCAGUUUUCUGUGAACAGAUCCAUCCAUUUAGAGGUUUCUGUGAACAGAUCCAUCUAUUUAGAGGUUUCUGUGAACAGAUCCAUCCAUUUAGAGGUUUCUGUGAACAUAUCCAUCUAUUUAAAGGUUUCUGUGAACAGAUCCAUCCAUUUAGAGGUUUCUGUGAACAUAUCCAUCUAUUUAGAGGUUUAUGUGAACAUAUCCAUCUAUUUAAAGCUUUCUGUGAACAGAUCCAUCUAACCGUGUUUUUUCUUCUUUCUUCCCAGAGCAUUCAGACGAUGGGUUUGGACAACUUGGAUUAAGUUGGUCCAUGCCUGAGGAAACAAACCUAAAAAAGUGACCGAUUUUUGGUACGAAAAGCCACCAUGACCAACAUAUUCAAGGACUGAGACAACAAUGAUAAAAGCAACCCAUAUGUAUAACAUAAAGAAAGGCCAACACACACUACAAGAUGGCGGAUCAUGGUGGAAAAACUAGAAACCGCAAAGCUGUAUAUUGUCGCUGCUGCUGUACAUUCGUGUACUUUCAUUCCGCAUAAAUGUAUUUAUGUUUUUAAAACUAUUUAUAUGUUUAUAAAAGAGAUAUUUAUAAAUAUGAGUUUUAUUUAUGCAACAUUUUAAAAUGGAUGCAAACUGCAGGUCAAUUCUGUUUGUAACCUUUUUUUGUCCUAAACAGUUGUAAAUGUUUUCAAAAUGAUUUAAAAACAUUCCAUGCACUUACGAGUCUCCUCCCAGUUUUUGUUUAUGGGGAAAACAUCUCUAGGGCUCUAUUCAAUCUGUAU